AUGCCGCUAAUGAGCACGACACAAGCUGAGUCUCCCUGCGCCCAGCCCAUCGUUGGAGUCUCGAACUGGGCCCGCGACAUCCACGCGGAGAUCGAGAGCACGGCUCCGUUUCCGUCCAACGUCUUGAUCUGCGGCCCGACCGGCACCGGCAAGGAGCUCGUCGCCCAAGAGAUCCAUCGCCGCAGCCCUCGCGCCAGCGGCCCCUUCGUGGCGGUCAACUGCGCGGCGGUUGCGCCUUCGCUCUUUGAGAGCCAGCUCUUCGGUCACGUGAAGGGGUCGUUCACCGGCGCCGACUCAGACGCGACGGGCUACUUCCGCGCCGCGGACGGCGGCACCCUGUUCCUGGACGAGAUCGGCGAACUGGACCUGGCGCUGCAAGCCAAGCUCUUGCGUGUGCUGCAAGAAGGCGCCGUGACGCCGGUCGGUGGGCACGGAGCGAUGCCGGUCGACGUCCGAAUCGUGGCGGCCACCAACCGUGAGUUGAUCGACGAAGCGGCUGCGGGCCGGUUCCGCGAGGACCUGUUCUACCGCCUCGCCGUGGCCGUGCUGCGGACCGUCCCGCUGGCCGAAAGGCCCGAGGACAUCCACCUGAUCUCCCAGUUCUUGAUCUCGAAGCUGUGCCACGGCGCGCGGAUGCCGUUCAAGCCGCUGUCGUCCGAGGCCGAGGCGCGGCUCAUCGGCCACGGCUGGCCGGGCAACGUGCGGGAACUGCAGAACGUCCUCGAACGCGCCCUGAUGCGAGCCAAAGGCCCGUUAGUGCAAGCCGAAGACAUCGUUCUUGACCGGGGGCCCACCACCCCUUCGCCGCAGCGCGAUUCCGCCGCGGCGGCCGACGAGCCGAGUGACACGGGCCUGGUGCUGCGGCAGGCGAUGCAGGCGGGCGGUGGUUGGCCGACCAUGAAGCAGUUCGAACGCUACGUGUUGGAGAUGACGCUGGCGCGAACCGAGUUCAACCAGACCGAAGCCGCACGCGUUCUCGAGAUGACCCGCGGCUCGCUGUACCGUCGCCUCAAAGAGCAUCGCAUCGACCGAAAGCGACCCCGUGACGCCCGUCGCAACCGCGAGACAAGUGUCGCGGUUGCCGGUUUCAGCCGACUCGCUGCGCGCUCGCCGGCAAGCGCAUCAACGCCGCUAGCGCGCUCGCCUCGGGGCGCGGCGCGCGCUGGCGGACGCUCGGAAGUGGCCGAGGACGAGUCGCUGCGGUCGUUCGGUUUUUUUAAUCGCUUGCCUCGCAACACCUUGCGUCGCUCUGCCCGGGAAUCGCGGCGCGUUUUGGCGCCCCUCGUGCAAAGAAGGGUUGCCAGUGCAGCAAACGCGGCCGCCCGAAAGUCGGAGCGGCGAACUCGACACGAGAUGAGCCACCGUGAAGGACCUCGCCUUCCAACUCCGAACCCACCGCCACCUGGUGGUGGUAAGCCCGUCGGCCUCGACCGGCGAACGGCUGUCGGAGGUCCGACGCGACCGCGGCGAAAGCCUCACCUGGACCAACCGCGGGACCACGGCGUUGCGGCUUGUCCCGAGCCACCACGACUCGGUUUGGCUCAUCGGCGAGACGCUAACCGACAUGCCGGGGCAGCAACUGCUCGAACUGCUGCACGCGAUCGAACCGGCGCUCGACGCGAGGGUGGUCCUCGACUGGGCGUCCGUCGCUCUUUUGGCGGCGACAACCACGCGGCCCGGCUCGCAAACGGUCCCCGCGCCAAGCUGCUGAUCCUCAUCAAGACAACCAGUCCGCCUCGGAUUCAUUCCCGGAGAAGCCUCAUGCACGCCACGGCCAGUCCUUCGACCCCGCUCGUCGACGACCUCUACGACAGCGAGCUUCUCGAGUUCGAUCACACCGACGCCGGCAAGACCGACCGACGUCGAGUCCUCAUGCCAACCGGCCGCGACAGCAACGCGAAACGCGCCCGCUACCGCGCCAUGGCCUCUUACCGCAAACGCAACGGCUCCAAUCCGGGCCGCCGCCGAGACUGCCGACGCGGCGCCGCCAGACUCAUGAAGACCAACAUCACGCUGCUCGCUUCGUUCGUUGUUCUGGCCGUCGCCACCCAAGCCGCUACCGCACAGUUUGUCACCUUCAACGACCGUGCGGCCUUCAUCGCGGCUCUCGACUCAACGCUGAUCAAUGACGACCUUAACCGGUACGCUCCCAGCGACAUCGACUUCGAGAACACCUCGGUCAAUACCGUUAGUGCAGGCAAUCCGCUGAUGGGCUUCGACGUGAGCCACGUCGGCGAUGAAAUCACGACUCAAUUCGUGAACGGCUCCCUGACCAACAGUGCAAAUACUGGCAAUGCCACUCCGGACAUGCAGUUCUUGCUCGACCUGGCCGGCGUUACGGGGGCGUUCGGUUCUGCGAGUAAUGUGGCAGACACCGCCACGAUCACCAACCAGACGGCGACCGUCAAUGCAUUCGGAUUUGACACCUUCGGAUUUAACGAUCAAGGGCAGAGCUUCCUCGUGGACCCAGGAACGCUCGGCGUCGAGAUGGGUGUGACGACAACCGUUGUGGAUUCCGCCGGCAACUCAGCCGACUUCACCGUGGCCGCAAGCGACCCCUUCUUUGGGGUCAUUGCCUUCACCGGCGGAGCAACGAUUGACACGAUUACCUUGUCUGCCAACACCACCUUCGCGAGCUCCGGUACCGAGUUCAUCGCUCUGGACAACUUCGUCGGCGGGACGUCGAGUGUGCCCGACGAAGCAGGGACUGCCGAUCGUCAGGACCUCGGCAUGCCCCGUCGGCUCGGCUUGGCGGCGUGGCGGCGUCGGCUACGAAACCGCCGACGCGCCGGCUUCGGCGACCGUGUGGUCGUUCUCGACCGUGCUGCCGCUGACGCCGAUCGCGCCGAUCACUUCGCCCGAGCCGUCCUUGAUCGGCACGCCGCCGGGGAACGUGAUCAGGCCGCCGUUGCUGUGCUCGAUGCCGUACAGCGGGCCGCCCGGCUGCGAGAGCUCGCCGAUCGCGCCGGUCGGCAUGUCGAAGUAGCGGGCGGUGCGGGCCUUGAUCUGCGAGAUGUCGAUCGAGCCCUGCCAGGCGCCGUCCUCCUUGGCGAACGCGGUCAGGUUGCCGCCGGCGUCGACCACGGCGAUGUCCAUCAACGUCCCGAUCUCCUGCGACUUCUUGAUCGCGGCGGCGACGACGGCUUGGGCUUGCUCGAGCGUGAUCCCAACGGCAGGCUUGAAGGGUCGAUACUGUACAAAAGUAUGGUAUCGGUCGACUGGCUCUUUCUCGACAUGAACGCCUUCUUCGCUUCGGCGGAGCAGCAGAUGCGUCCGGAGCUGCGGGGGCGGCCGGUCGCCGUCGUGCCGACCGAGACCGACCGCACGUGCUGCAUCGCGGCGAGUUACGAGGCGCGGGCGUGGGGCGUGAAGACCGGCACCAACGUCGGCCAGGCCCGGCGGCAGUGCCCGGGCCUAGUGCUCGUGAAAGGUCGGCACGAGGACUACGUCCGGAUCCAUCACCAGAUCCUCGCCGCGGUUGAGACGGUGCUGCCGAUCCACAAGGUCUGCUCGGUCGACGAGAUGGUCUGCCCGCUCGCGCCGCCCGACCGGCCCGUGCCGCAAGCGCGACUGGUGGCGGAGCGCGUGAAACGAGCGAUCGCCCGCGACGUCGGGCCUUACCUGCGGUGCUCGAUCGGAUUGGCGCCCAACCGCUUUCUGGCGAAGGUCGCGAGCAACCUGCAGAAACCAGACGGCCUGUCGGUCAUCACACGCGAGGAGCUGCCGCACCGGCUGCACCGGCUCGACCUGGAAGACCUGCACGGUAUCGGUCGGAACAUGCGGCGGCGGCUCGAAAGCCACGGCGUGCGGAACACGCGGCAGCUCUGUGCGUUGUCGCGUGACGCGAUGGUCGAUGUCUGGGAGAGCGUCGUCGGGGCGCAGUGGUGGCACUGGCUGCGGGGCGAGGAGACGGCCGAGCGGCUCGACGUCCGCCGGUCGGUCAGCCACUCGCACGUGCUGCCGCCGGCGCAGCGGACGCCCGACGGCGCCCGCGCCGUGAUGGUGCGGCUGCUGCACAAGGCGGCCGCCCGGCUGCGGCGGCUGGAGCACGUGGCGUCGCGGAUCGAGUUCUCGGUCGGCUUCGCCGACGGCCGGCCGAAGUGGCGGGCCCGGUCGCCGCUCGCACGGACGAGCGACACGCCGACGAUGCUGCGCGUGCUGGACGAGGCGUGGCGACGCAACCCACCCGAGGGGAGGCCGAUCAAGCCGUCGGUCUGGUUGACCCGGCUGACGCCGGCGACGCAGACGCCGCGGUCGCUGUUCCCCGAGGAGCAGACCGCCCGGCGGGCCGCCGAGACGAUGGACGCGGUGAACGCCCAGUUCGGGCCGAACUCGAUGUACUUCGCUUCGAUGCACACGACCCGCGAGGCGGCGCCACUGCGGAUCGCGUUCACGAACAUCCCGGACGUCAAGGCGGAGAUGGCGCCGAAUCCGCCGGCUGCCGCCCGCGGCUUGGGCCCCACGCCGCGAUGGCACGGCGGUUGCUUCUAUUGUCCUGCGGAGAAGGUGAUCCUCGCCGUGGCAAAGCAGAUGGUUUUUGAGGACGACGCCCGCAAGCCGCUCGCGGCGGGGGUCGAGAAACUGGCCCGCGCCGUGAAGAGCACGCUCGGCCCGCGCGGCCGCAACGCGGUGCUCGACAAGGGCUGGGGCUCGCCGAAGGUCACCAAGGACGGCGUCACCGUCGCCGAGGACAUCGACCUGGACGACCCGUACGAGAACCUCGGCGCGCAGCUCGUCAAGGAAGCCGCCAGCAAGACGAACGACGUCGCCGGCGACGGCACGACGACCGCGACCGUGCUAGCCGAAGGCAUCUUCCGCGAGGGCUUGAAGAUGCUCGCCGCGGGCGCCGACCCGAUGGCUCUGAGCCGCGGCAUCAACAAGGCGGUCGAGGCGGUCAGCGCGGCGGUGCUGAAGCUCGCCGACCCGAUCGAGGUGAAGGACAAGAAGUCGCUGCAGCACAUCGCGACGAUCGCCGGCAACAACGACCCGUCGAUCGGCUCGGUCUUGGCCGACGCGUUCGGCAAGGUCGGCAAGGACGGCGUCAUCACCGUCGAAGAGGGCCGCGGCUCCGAGACGACCGUCGAAGUCGUCGAGGGCAUGCAAUUCGACCGCGGCUACCUGUCGCCGCACUUCGUCACCGACGAAGACGACAUGGAAGCGGUCCUCGAGAACGCUCAAAUCCUGAUCUUCGAAGAGAAGAUCUCCAGCGCGAAGUUGCUCGUCCCGCUUCUCGAGGCGGUCAGCAAGAGCGGCAAGCCGCUGUUGAUCAUCGCCGAGGACGUCGAGGGCGAGGCGCUCGCGACGCUCGUCGUGAACAAACUCCGCGGCAUCGUCCAGGUCUGCGCCGUGAAGGCGCCGGGCUACGGCGACCGCCGCAAGGCGAUGCUGGGCGACAUUGCGACGCUCACCGGCGGGUCGGCGAUCUUCAAGGACCUCGGCAUCAAGCUCGACGGCGUCCAGCUGACCGACCUCGGCAAGGCGAAGAAGGUCAUCGUUGAGUCGGGCAACACGACGAUCGUCGGCGGCGCCGGCGCGAAGGACGCGAUCCUCGGCCGCGCCGACCAGAUCCGCGCCGAGAUCGAGACGACCGACUCGGACUACGACCGCGAGAAGCUCCAAGAGCGGCUCGCGAAGAUCGCCGGCGGCGUGGCGCAGAUCAAGGUCGGCGCCUCGACCGAGUCGGAGAUGAAGGAACGCAAGGACCUGUUCGACGACGCCCGCGCCGCGACGCACGCGGCGCUCGAAGAGGGGGUCGUCCCCGGCGGCGGCGUCGCUUUGCUCCGCAGCGAGAAGGCGCUCGCGAAGCUCGACCUGGAAGGCGACGAGAAGCUCGGCGCCAACAUCGUCGAGAACGUCCUCUCGUACCCGCUCGCCUGCAUUGCGGAGAACGCGGGCGUCGACGGCGAGGUGGUGGUAAACCGCGUCCGCAAGCUCAAAGGCAAGACCGAGGGCUACAACGCGGACAAGGACGACUACGUCGACCUCGUCUCGGCCGGCGUCAUCGACCCGGCGAAGGUCGUCCGCACCUCGCUGCAGAACGCGGCCAGCGUCGCGGCCCUGCUGCUCACCACCGAGUCGCUCGUCGCUGACAUCCCGGUCGAGGAAGAAGAGGCCGCCGGCGGCCACGACCACGACCACGGCAUGGGCGGAAUGGGCGGCGGCAUGCCGGGCAUGGGUGGAAUGGGCGGCAUGGGAACCCAAUCCAUGGCCAAAGGCAUCAACCUCCGUCCGCUGGACGACCGCGUCGUUGUUCACCCGCUCGAGGCGGAAGAAGUCACUUCCGGCGGCAUCGUGCUGCCCGACUCGGCGCGUGAGAAGCCGCAGCGUGGCAAGGUCGUCGCCGUCGGCGCCGGCAAGCUGCUCGACUCGGGCGAGCGCGGCGCGCUGUCUGUCGCGGUCGGCGACGAGGUGAUCUACGGCAAGUACGGCGGCUCCGAAGUGGAAGUCGGCGGCGAGGAGUACAAGAUCCUCCGCGAGAGCGACCUGCUCGCGAAGGAGCCACUCAUGGCCAAACAACUCAUGUUCGACGACGCCGCGCGGGCGAAGGUGAUCGCCGGCGUCGACAAGCUCGCGGACGCGGUGGCGGUGACGAUGGGCCCCACCGGCCGCAACGUGAUCAUCAACAAGUCGUUCGGCGGGCCGACCGUCACGAAGGACGGCGUCACGGUCUCCAAGGAGGUCGAGCUCGAGGACCCGUUCGAGAACAUGGGCGCGAAGCUCGUGCACGAGGUCGCUGAUAAGACGAGCAAGUUCGCCGGCGACGGCACGACGACCGCCACGGUGCUCGCCCGCGCGAUCCUCAAGGAGGGCGCCCGCAACAUCGUCGCGGGCAGCAACCCGACCGCCGUGCGUCGCGGCAUCGACAAGGCGGCCGCCGCCGUGUGCGAGCAGCUCGACUCGGCGUCGAAGAAGGUCAGCAGCAAGGAAGAGAUCGCCCAGGUCGGCGCCAUCAGCGCGAACAACGACCGCGUGAUCGGCGACCUCCUGGCCGACGCGAUGGAGAAGGUCGGCAAGGACGGCGUCAUCACCGUCGAAGAGGGCAAGACGACCGACACGACGCUCGAGUUCGUCGAGGGCAUGCAGUUCGACAAGGGUUACCUGUCGCCCUACUUCAUCACCGACCAAGGCGCGAUGGAGGCGGUCCUCGACGACGCCUACCUGCUGAUCCACGAGAAGAAGAUCAGCAAUCUCCGCGAGCUGCUGCCGGUGCUCGAGGCCGUGAGCCAGAAGGGCAAGCCGCUGUUGAUCAUCGCCGAGGACGUCGAGGGCGAAGCCCUGGCGGCGCUCGUGGUGAACAAGCUCCGCGGCGUGCUCAACGUCGCCGCGGUGAAGGCGCCCGGCUUCGGUGACCGCCGCAAGGCGAUGCUCGGCGACAUCGCGACGCUCACCGGCGGCACGCUGAUCUCCGAGGACCUCGGUGUGAAGCUCGAGAGCGUCACGCUGGAGCACCUCGGCCGCGCGAAGAAGGUCACGGCCGACAAGGACGCGACGACCCUCGUCCAGGGCGCCGGCUCAUCGGCCGACGUCCAGAAGCGGAUCGAGCAGAUCCGCAAGUCGAUCGAGUCGUCCACCAGCGACUACGACAAGGAGAAGCUCCAAGAGCGGCUCGCGAAGCUCACCGGCGGCGUGGCGAUCAUCUCGGUCGGCGCCUCGAGCGAGGCCGACAUGAAGCAGAAGAAGGCCCGCGUCGAAGACGCGCUGCACGCCACGCGGGCGGCCGUCGAGGAGGGCAUCCUCCCGGGCGGCGGCGUCGCGUUGCUCCGCACCAAGGAGGCGGUCGAGGCGGCUCGCUCGUCGGCCAAGGGCGACGAGAAGAUCGGCGUCGACAUCGUCUUGGGCGUGCUCGACGCCCCGAUCAAGCAGAUCGCCGGCAACGGCGGCCUGUCGGGCAGCGUCAUCGCCGACGAGGUGGCCCAGAAGGGCAAGAACACCGGCUACGACGCCAACGCGGGCGAGUACGUCGACAUGUUCAAGGCGGGCGUCAUCGACCCGGCGAAGGUCGUCAAGACGGCUAUCACCAACGCCGCGUCGAUCGCCGGCCUGCUGCUGACGACCGAGGCGCUCGUCACGAACUUCGACGCCAAGGACGACGACAAGAAGGCCGUGGUCGGCAGCAUCCGCUGCGCGUGGCCCGGUUCGCAUAGGCUGAAGGAGUCGAUCGUGCCAAAGGAUGACGACGAAGAACGCAAAGCUGUACUCGGUUAUCGCGCCGUCAUCCUGGGUGCCUUGAUCACGGGCGCAUGCACUGUUACUGCCGCGGGAAUCAGGUGGCUGCCUGACAAGCUGAUUGAUUUCAUUCGCCCGGCAGAGAUCGCGACUCAAUACGUAGCUCUGCGACCGGUGGUCGACACCGCAUUCGCUGAGAGUUCCGCAAUUCGCGAAAUCGCACCGGAGAAGUACGUCUGGCGAGAAAGCCAAGAAACGCGAGUUCGCGUGCCUAUCGGCCACACGUCGAUUUGCAAGUGUAUCGUCAACGUACGUAAUCUCGGCGAGUUCCCGCUACACCUGCAGCAUGUGGAGUUUGAAAUAGGAACAAGCAGCUGGAGGGUCUAUUCGGAAGGCGGCGAAAGUACUGCUCCAGUUGCACUCGAUAGCACCACCUACACAACAUGCAACGUUGGCUCCGGCGAACGCGACAUUCUACUAAUCGGCAACAUCGACCUACUGAUCCCUGCGGGAUCGAAUCGCGAACUGCCUCUCCUGUUUUGGUCCAACGAAGUCCGUGACGGUCGGAUACUGCACGUUUUUGGUCGAGUCGUCUUGCUCACUCAUGACGGGCGGGAGAUCGACGCAGGAUUCGUUGACCUAACGAUCCACCCGGAGAACCAGCCAACGGCUAACCGAAAAGGUGGGUGA